GGCUGGGCUUCAACAUUGUUGGUGGGACAGAUCAGCAGUACGUUUCCAAUGACAGCAGCAUCUAUGUCAGCCGGAUCAAAAAGGAUGGGGCAGCUUACCUUGAUGGGCGGCUACGAGAAGGAGAUAAAAUUUUAGCGGUGAAUGGCAAAGAGCUGAAGGAUUUGAGGCACAGGGAUGCUGUGGAGCUGUUCCGGAACGCCGGCUACCACGUGGCGCUGAGAAUUCAGCGCAGGUUGCAGCCCCAGAAUGGCCCUGUGGGUCAUGGAGGUGAUGGAGAAUCAGGUGGGCUUCCUCUGGCAGCCAUUCUUGUGCCAGGCCUGGCACUUGCUGCAGCAGCAGUGUGGAUCGUGCUGAGGUAUCGACAGCGGAUGUGA